UGUACCACAGAUAACAGCCACGGCUGGAAUAAAGAGCACAGCCAUCGCCUUGUCACAGCAGUUCACUUUCGACUUAGCAUUCCCCCCAGCAUCGGUGUUCGAGCAAAAGAUUCCUCCACUCGACUUCUGAGAAGCUAAGUUUUCUUGCAGAUAUGUCUGGUCGAGGGAAGGGAGGCAAGGGCCUCGGAAAGGGCGGGGCAAAGCGUCAUCGUAAGGUGCUUCGAGAUAAUAUCCAGGGCAUCACCAAGCCGGCUAUUCGACGACUUGCUCGCCGCGGCGGCGUGAAGCGUAUCAGCGGUCUAAUCUACGAAGAGACUCGCGGCGUGCUGAAGGUGUUCCUCGAGAAUGUCAUUCGCGACGCAGUCACUUACACGGAGCACGCCAGGCGGAAGACGGUCACUGCCAUGGAUGUCGUGUACGCCCUGAAGCGUCAAGGCAGGACACUGUACGGCUUUGGUGGUUAGGUUCCCUGCCUGUAUGGCUAUUAGUAGACUUGUAGUUCUAAUGUCAUGUGCUUAGGCUCUAACCAUGUAUUUGUUGACCGUCAUUUACUAACUAAUUUCUGAACA